AUCAGACAAUUUCUGAAUUGUGGACAUUUAUUCUGAUAACAUUUAAGAAUUUGUUUUUUCCACACUGAAACGGUUCUUUGACACAUAGUGAAUGGUGAUUAGUUCAGGCUGAACCAAGUACUAUGAGAAAAUGAUGGAAGGAUUUAUUAUAUGCCUCAUAAGUGUAGCUGCUGCUGCAUUUUUUAUCCACCUAACGGAUGGUCAAUUACAGUGGCAACAGAUACAGCCCCACCCUUCUUCUCCAUUACCACCUACCAGAAGAGAUCAUGCCAUAGGAUAUAUACCACAGAAAAACACACUGAUAAUGUUUGGAGGACAAGGGAAUGGAAUUAUAUAUGGAGACACAUGGGUUUUUAAUUUCAAUUCAAGCAGAUGGAAAGAAUUUAAAAAGAUGCUAUCCCCUCCUCAGAGAUACAGUCUGGUUUAUGGAGUGUACAAAGACUACUUCUAUAUAACCACUGGGCAGGAUGACAUAAUGACCUUCAGUGAUGUUUGGCGUUUUGAUAUCAGAACUGAGACCUGGGAGGAAAUGUCUCCAGAUGGCUCCCAUGUCCCUGCAGUUUAUGGUGCAGCAGGUGGUGUAGCUGAUGGUGGUGCCUACUUGUAUGUCAGCCAUGGUUUUGAUAUGGACAGGAGGUACUCUACCACACACAGAUACAGUAUUGAAGACAACCUGUGGGAGGAGGUGUAUUCUGGUGGACAUCCAUAUAGUCCUAAUUAUCCACAUGCACGAUGUUUGCAUGGAGGCGUGAUGACAGCAGAACAUAAUUUGGUGAUUUUUGGAGGAUGUUUGAGUGGUGGAGGCACAGGUGGCCCCUGCCCUAGCCACGACUCUUGGUUAUUGGAUGGUAAAGCUGGGGAAUGGACUAAGCUGCCUGACUGUUUGUCCCCAAAAAUUUAUCCCAGUCUUGCUCUUCUGCCCGAUGGGAAUGAUGGUCAAGUGGUCAUUUUGUAUGGUGGAAUGGAGACUACAAGUCAAAUGCUUAAGACAUAUGUCUCUCUUGAAUCAGACGUUGGAGUUCUGGAAUUGGAAAGUAACAUUUGGAGUACCAGGAAAGUUUUGGGAUCAUCCUAUCCAGUGAAACGAUAUAGUGCUGCACUUACCACUGCACAAGUACUUGGGGGGGUUGUGCUGUUUGGAGGAGAAACAAUGACAAAUGGGACAGUUAAUGACCUUUGGCUACUUCGUGGAAAUGGUUCAUCUGUCACCAGCCUGGAAGUUAGUACCAAGUGUGGAGGCCCAUUUAUAGUGUUCUGGAACCUGAUAGUCCUCCACACAGUCUUCAUGUUCGCUGGCUGGGGCAUCUUACUGCAGGCUGGAGCAUUUAUUGCUAGGUAUUUCAAAUGGAAAGGUCCCAAGUGGUUUCUCAUUCAUAGGGUAUUGCAGUCCACAGGAUUAUUUUUUGCAUUAGCUGGGUUUAUCUGUGCCAUAGUGUCUGUGAGAUUUGACCACUUUUCCUUUGCCCAUGGGAUCAUUGGGCUUAUAAUUAUGAUCCUAGGGCUGCUGCAACCACUCAAUGCAUUGAUACGACCUCACAAGGAGCAAAAUGAGGUCAUAUCUAGAAAGAGAUGGAUCUGGGAACUUAUCCAUUUGAAUACUGGAAGGCUGGCCCUUAUUUUGGCAUUGAUAAACAUGGUUCUUGGGGUGUAUUUGGAAGUAUCUAGCCUGGGAACACAGAUAUUGACAUAUGUUUACAUUGGCGUAAUUAUUGUAGCCUACAUUGCCAUGGAACUAUGGACAAGAAUCAAAGGGAAAGGAAGAAGUGAACAGAUGGAGUUGAACAAAAUAUAAUGGAAUUCAAAUGGUUGUUUUGAUACAGUCAGCAUAAUGUUGUGCAAUAAAAAGAUUCUUCAAUAUAAUGAGAUUAUUUACUAUAGCACGGAUCAGAUGUUUAAAUAUUUACCCUAUGAGGCCACCCUUUUUAAAAAUUUUAUUAAAAGAUUAAGUUGCAAUAUUAGGGGCUGAAUUAAAAUGUUAUUUUCAACAGUGGGAUAAAUAUAGUUACACACUACCAAGUUAUAAUAAAAAAGUCUAUUUAUCUUUCUUUUUAAAAUUAUUCAUUAAUUUUUAUGCACAGACACUGCAAAUAUCUGUAUAUUUUCUGAUUGGUCUGUCUGUCCACUUUCUUGCCAUCACUGUCCAACACAUGAUAUUUGCCCCAUAACUGCCAAACCAUAUUUUUGUUUUACUUUUGAUUUACUGAGUAGUUUUGUUUGAUAAAGAGACCAGUUGCUUUUAAAAAUCGGCAUAAUUGGUUUACAUUGGUUUACGGUAAUUAUUCUUUUUUUCCACAAUUUUGGUGACGUUCGCCCCAUAACUGCCAAUUGA